AGUGAAUCCUGACGUCCUCGUUCAGGAGAGAUAGAAUAUCCAAUUCAUCGUGUACCUUACAAUAUAAAACGUCAAUUCUCUGUACCGUUGUUAUCUUUAUUUGAUUUUGAGAUGGGGGGAAGGGUCCGCACGCCGCCCACGGCGCACAACGUCAUUGCUGGAGCAAGAACAAGCCUACAAGGGGUCGGUGACUGCCCCCGCAUCAGCCAAGAUCCCCACCAACGGGUACCUCCGUACCCCUUGCUCGAUCUUCCCAUCACCCCACAUGCCGACAAGACGCUGUCGAUACCCGCGAAGAAUUGGCAUCUUGGAAUACUUUCAACACUUCAAGGACAUCAGGUCACCCGGGGACAUAACUGACAUUUGCUCGCAAAGAGACACAACCCGUUUCGAGGAUCGAAAGAACCAACGCCCAUAUCCCCUUGUAAACUCGGACCUUUCACAUCUCCAUCAACGCCUCCAAAAACGAUAAAUACUAUGGAGCAGCGAAUACCCCUGAGCCAUGAGGCCUCGGCCGGCGACACAAACAUGCGUGUGACGACCUCAUUGCCGCACGAGGUCGUCCAGUGCCUCGAGAACGCCCGCUUCCUCCACUUGGCCACCUGCUCCGACAACAUCCCGCACGUAUCACUCAUGAACUACACCUACCUCCCCUCCUCGCCGUUUUCCUCCUCCCCCGUCAUCGUCAUGACAACAAACCCAGCCAGCAAGAAAAUGACCAACCUAAUCACAAACCCAAACGUGUCACUCUUGGUCCACGAUUGGGUAUCCCACCGGCCCACACCGACCUCCCAAGCAAGACGCCUGUCGGGCGGUUCGUCAGGGGGUAGCACCUCGCCCGAGCGUCCUGCGCAGCAGCACCAACACCACCAAAUACAACAACAUCACCAGCCCUCGUCCCUCGCCGCGCUCCUCUUCAACCUCAACACCAGCGCCGUCUCGUCCAUCAGCGCCACCAUCAACGGCUGCGCGCGGCUGGUCCCCGCCGGGUCGGACGAGGAGAAAUACUACCGCGACGUGCACCUCGAGAACAACACGUUCGAUAGCGCCGUGGACCUGCUGGGCUUUGGUCCGCCGAGCGGGGAUGCUGCUGCUGACCAAGGGACAAGCCGUUUUGCGGCCGGGGAUGAGGAGGUGCGGGUUAUUGUGGUGGGCAUCAAAGACGUGAGGAUCGCCGACUGGAAAGGGGCGGUGAGAGAUUGGGUCAUCGCGGCACCUGGGCAAGGUGACGGGCAGGAGGCUGGUGAGGUGAUGGUGAACGGUGCGCGGUGAGGCGGGGGGUUUGCAGGUGUGUUGUUUUUGGCCCCUUGGGUCCGCAAUGAUACCAGCAGGAAUAGGCUGAAUGAUGGAUGAUAGAUGGAAAGCCAUAUUGUAGAGUAUCAACACCGGCCCACUGCGCCCGAUACGGAAUCAUGCUCACUCUGGCUGCUUGCCAGUCUUGUAGACACCAAUGUCAAUAUCGUGCACCUU